UAAACAAGUGGCACAGCAAAUAUGGCGACAUUGAGCAAAUGCUCGGAUAUUGGCUAGCGGAUCGCUUCAAAAAUGACCGUGUCGCCGACGUUGAAAAUCGAUGUCGCGGACCACUUGCGGAAGCCUUGCGCCAAUCUAAUCUACCCAACAAUGAUCCUUUGAAGCAAUGCGCCUUCCUUGAGAGACUGGACCAUGAAUCGCUUGAAGAGCGGCGAAGAAGGAGAGAGUUGUACCAGCGAGUCUAUGAACUGCUGCCUGGCAUCCCGCUUGGCAAUUUCGACUUCGGAGCAUUUAUGCCCAUAUCGAAGCUCGAAGACUACGUUGAGAGCCUAGAACAGCAGGUCGAAAGUCUCCAGCUGUCCGAUCAGCCUGCUAGAACCGCAGAGAGACUACCAGCUGAGGAGAAGAAAGUGCCCGUUCCUGCUCCUGGGAUCCUGAAGAAACCAGAUGUGCUCUCGGCCCUGACCACAACUCACACUACACGCUUGCCGGAUGGUACCGUUACUACUAAAGUCGUGUUGAAGCAACGCUUUGCCGACGGUCGGGAAGAGACUACCGAGAGCUUGCACACUACGAACGAGAAUCUCGAACAGCAGAAACGACGAGAACAAGAACAAGAACUGCCUCCGAAGAAGGGUUGGUUCUGGACAUGAUUUUGCAAUUACGACAUCUAGAUUCUGCUCAAAUCUUUUUUUGUAUGUAUGUAUGUAGGAUACCACUGCUAGCGUAACGC